CAUUUUUUCGUUUUUUCUUGGUCCGAAAACAAACAUUUACCGUUGAAUUCUACGAAAAAAGUGCAAAAAUUUAAGUUUUUCAAUUCCGAAAUAACCAGAAAUACCAAAACAACCAGAACAGAAAUGUCAUCAUCGACAACAUCUUCUUAUAAUUUACGUAGUAGAUUAACAACAACAACAAAUAAUUUUAAACAACAACAACAACAAAAUGGUUCGAUUAAUUCCAAACAAAUAUCGAAUGGUGGUGGCCAGCCUAAAAAUGGAAUUUUAAAUAAUCAUAAUAAUCAUCAUCAUUAUAAUCAUCAAUCGGAUAAUAAUUCUUCGUCAUCAUCAUCAUCACGUCAACGUUCAUCAUCAUUUUCACAUCAUCAUCAUCAUUAUCAUCUUACCGAUAGACAAAAGGAAGAAAUUCAAUCAUUGGUCAUUUGGCGUCGUCCAUUACAAACAAUAUAUCAUGCUAUAAAGAAUUUUAUUGAUUUGCUCAACAAUUGUUAUACAUUUUUGAUCAUACAUCAUUUAAUGUAUUGUGUUUCAAUGACAAUAUUUAUAUUAAUAUUUUUCAUUGCUUUACAAUUAAAUGGUUUACAUCAACCAUAUGUACAAUUUAUAUAUAAACGUUUAGCAUGGUGUAUUUAUUGGUGUGGUUUAGGUAUUUUAUCAUCAGUUGGUCUUGGUACCGGUUUGCAUACAUUUAUUUUAUAUUUGGGUCCACAUAUUGCAUCGGUAACAUUAGCAGCAUAUGAAUGUAAUUCAUUGGAUUUUCCUGAACCGCCUUAUCCAGAUGAGAUAAUAUGUCCAACGAAUGUUGCAGCUACUGCUACUACUGCAGCAAUUGGAUCAUCAAUAAAUGUUUGGUCGAUUAUGUCAAAAGUACGUUUAGAAGCAUUUAUGUGGGGUGCCGGUACUGCAUUAGGUGAAUUACCACCAUAUUUUAUAUCUCGUGCACAUCGUUUAGCAAUUGUAAAUCAAGGUCAUCAAGAUAUUGAUGUUGAUAAUGAUAAUAUUCUUGAAGAAUUGGAAGAAAUUGAAGAUUUAGUAACAACAACAAAUGUUGAUAAUGAUGAUGAUGGUGAUAAUGGUGGUGAUCAACAACAACAACAAGAAUCUACUACGAAUAUUGAACGUAGUCGUCGUCGUCGUCAAUCAUCAUCCGCAUCCACUCUUUCUACAUCAUGGGGACAAAAAUUGAAAACAAAAAUGGUAUUAUUAAUGAAACGAAUGGGUUUUUUUGGUAUAUUAGCCUGUGCAUCGAUACCGAAUCCAUUAUUCGAUUUAGCCGGUAUUAUUUGUGGUUAUUCAUUAAUAUCAUUUUGGACAUUUUUCGGUGCAACAUUAUUGGGAAAAGCUAUUUUUAAAAUGCAUAUACAAAAAUUAGUUGUUAUUAUUGUAUUCAAUGAAACAUAUGUUCAAAGUGUAUUAACAUUUUGUAGAAACAUUCCAUACAUUGGACAUUAUAUUCAUGAACCAUUACGUGAUUAUUUACAACAACAGAAAAAUAGUUUACAUCGUGGUACAAAUCAAAUGUUGGAAACAAAGGGCCAAUCAUGGAUCUCUAUAAUAUUUGAAAGUUUUGUCAUCAUUAUGGUUACAUAUUUUAUGAUAUCAAUAAUUAAUUCAAUGGCCCAAAGUAAUUUAAAACAAUAUUAUCAACAAAAACAGAAACAACAACAACAAAAAUCGGAUGAUGAUAAGAUGAUGACCACCGAUAAAUUUCAACAGCAACAACAACAAUUG